GUGCUUGUUCGCUUUUUCCGGUUUAUUUGGUAUUUACAAAUUUAUAUUAUUUUACAGAUUUUUAUUUAUUCUUAAAGUUUAAAAAUGAUUGGUAAAUGUGAAUCAAUGUGUCCAGAUGCAGAAAUACGCCUCCGAGAGAGAGAAAAUCUGUUACAUCCAUUUGAAGUAGCAGACAAUCAUUCUUCACGUUGCCCUAGAGCAAAUGCCAAGAAGUGUGUAAAGGAAUAUAGAAGGCCUACAGUUGGUAAACAGGAAGUUAACCCUAGUGAAGUUAGGCCUCCAGAUGUCUUGGUGAAAACUGUUGACUAUCUUCUUGACAGAAUAACCACACAGAAGUGCCGAUGGUCAGAGAUCUAUGAUUUUGUGUUUGAUCGGCUGCGAUCAGUACGCCAGGAUCUUGUUGUUCAGGACACACACGGUGCCGACGCUAUUGCUAUACUCGAAAGAGCUGUUAGAUUUCAUAUAUAUUCAGACUACAGGUUAUGUAGAGAACAUAUAGCAGUUUUUGAUGAGAAAAUCAACAGUCAACACACACAGGAAUGUCUAAAACGUUUGAUUAAUUUGUACAACGAGAACUGGGACAUGUCGUGGCCAAAUCGUGUCGAGAUAGAAGCUACCUAUCUUCUAUUUAACCUAGGUGAUUUAGGUGCAAUCAGACACUAUUAUACACUGGAUUAUAGAUUAAGACACACUGCUGAGGUGAAGGAAGCAUAUAAGAUGAGUUGUUCCUAUCUACACAAUAACUGGGUACGAGUCUUCAGGGAAGUUUACAAGUUCAAGUCACCGAUAUACCUUUGUGCUGUGCACAGACAUUUUCCAUACAUACAGAGGAAUGCUUUGUACACAAUGAAUACAGCAUAUUCAAGUAAGAAUCUAAAGUUUCCACUGCAGAAGUUAAAGCAGCUCCUAUUCCUCAACACAGACACUGAGGCCCAGCUGCUGUGUCAGCAGUUUGGUAUCACAAUUGAAGGAACCUCUGUUAAAUUCCUGAAAGCAAGUUUUAAAGAAGAAAAGGUUGAAAGAACACACAGUGAUUAUAUUAAUGACAAACUGAGACAGUGGAACAUUCCAGAUAUCUUGCAAGGAAGAAUUGACACAGAUGCAGACUUAAGUGAAAGUUUUAAAGAGAAGUGCCAGACUUGAUCAGUCAAAAUGGGGAGUAGAAACUGUUGCUUUAUUACAUUUCAAAGCCAGUUUCUAUUAAUUCACACCAUGUGACGGAGUGUCUGGUGUAAAGCAUGCUCUGCACAGUGAGAGUGUUGUCAGUUAGGGAUACUCUGUGAAUGAGUGGUCAAAGUUGCCGGUUUUGAAAUACUUACUUUAACACCUCUUGAUGAUAUUCUGCUUUGUCUGGAAGCCAUCAUACUGGCCUGCUGAGGGUGGCUAGUUUUACCUAGGAGCCAUCAUGAGACAGAAAGAAUGCAGGAAGAGGCACAUUGGGACCCCACUCAUCAAAGCAUUGGAGAGAAAAAUAUAGAUAGUAAAGGAGUUGAAGAAAUCGAUGAAAACCCAUUUGAAAUGGGAUGUCCCUUUUAAAAUUACAGGCAGUUAUCAUCUGCAUGUAAUAAAUUGAUGGAGAUUUCAAGUGUGAUAAAUUUUUCUUUACCAUGUUUAAAUGAAUUAAUUGCAUAUACAUGCAGCUUAUGAAAGUUUUAUAUACAUGGUUUUAAUAUUAUUAUAUUCCUUUGCUCAUUUUGUUGAAAAUUUUACUUGUAAUGAAUUUUUUGUCUCCUUUUUCAUGAUUUAUAAUAGUAUUUUUUAAACAAGUAGAAGUUUAUAAAGAGAAAUCUUUACAUGCUUUUAUGAAAGACAGUGUGUUUUUGUGGACAAUGAAUUGGAAAUACCUCAAAAGAGAAUUGAUAAUAUCUGUUUCCAAUUUUUAUACUUGUUUACAUUGUGAUUUUAAUGCAUUUUAAUCUAUUGAUUGAUCUAUAGAGAUUAUUUGUAUUAUAUUAAGGAAGUGUGUAUUGCAUACAAAUUAAAGUCAUUAUACAGCAUGGGUCGAGUCUUUUUACAUUACAAUACCAAGUAAGAAAUUUGAUUUCUGUUCACAGGGUACAGUGUGCCCUGAUAGAGUUCUUGUUGUUAACCAUAUGAUACACUUCUUUCUUUUAAUGAGCUGAUAUAUAUUUAUGUCACUGUCAGUCUGUAAGAUUAUUAGUUGUUAAUGCACUUGGGUGUUUCAGACAUUUCUUACAUUCACGGGAUUCUAAUGAAAUUUUACACAAAUUUAAGCUUGCUAUGAUGUGCUACGGACAUGUACAGGGGCAUAGAUUGCAAAGAAAUUUUGCAAGAAUUUUUUCUGCAGUAAAUGAUGACUUAGCAACGUUUCAGCAGUAUAUUAUGCUAUAGAUAAAGUUAUUGCACAAUGAAAAAUUGCUGUUUCAGACUCUGUGUUUCAGACUUUAAACAUUCAUGAAUAUGGACCCUGGUCUUUCCAUCCAAGGUCAAGGACAAGGAUACUACGCUCAUGUCAAGUGCGCCAUAUCAGUGGCAUGUGUGUUUUAAAACACCUUUUUAGCUCAUCUGAUUUUUUGAAAAAAAAUGAUGAGUUAUUGUCAUCACUUGAGUGGUUGUCGGCGUCGGCAUCUGCGUCGGCGUUGCCUGGUUAAGUUUUAUGUUUAGGUCAGCUUUUCUCCUAAACUAUCAAAGCUAUUGCUUUGAAACUUGGAAUACUUGUUCACCAUCAUAAGCUGACCCUGUACGUCAAGAAACAUAACUCCAUCUUGCAAGAAUUAUUGCCCCUUUUGGACUUAGAAAAUCAGUUUUCUUGGUUAAGUUUUAUGUUUAGGUCAGCUUUUAUCCUAAACUAUCAAAGCUAUUCCUUUAAAACUUGCAACACUUGUUCACCAUCAUAAGCUGACCCUGUACAGCAAGAAACAUAACUCCAUCCUGCUUUUUGCAAGGUUUAUGGCCCCUUUUGGACUUAGAAAAUAUCAGAUUUCUUGGUUAAGUUUUAUGUUUAGGUCAACUUUUUCUCUUAAACUAUCAAAGCUAUUGCUUUAAAACUUGCAACUCUUGUUCACCAUCAUAAGCUGACCCUGUACAGCAAGCAACAUAACUCCAUCCUGCUUUUUGCAAUAAUUAUUGCCCCUUUUGGACUUAGAAAAAUCAUUUUCUUGGUUGAAUAUUAUGUUUAAGUCAACUUUUCUCAUAAACUAUCAAAGCUAUUGCUUUAAAACUUGCAACAGUUUUUCACCAUCAUAAGUGGACACUGUACAUCAAGAAACAUAACUCUAUCCUGCUUUUUGCAAGAGUGAUGGCCCUUUUUAGACUUAGAAAAUCAUGGGUAGGACAAUAUUUCUAUUAUACAAAAAAAAUCAGAUGAGCGUCAGCACCGGCAAGGCGGUGCUCUUGUUUAUGUUACGUACUAUUGUGCUGGUAGAAACUUACUGCUUUGCCAAUUCUGUUUACUAGAAUGUUCUUAUUUAUUAGACUAAGUGUGUUUUACUUUUAGAGUGAGUUCAUGGUUUGAUAAGUAGAAAAUUGGCUCAAAAUGGCAUACAAGUUUGAUCUUCUUCUGGAUACUGAUUGAUGAAUAAGUGUUGUCCUCAGAAGUAUGAAUUAAGGUAAAAAUGUAAAGUCUCUUGUUUAAUUAAGCACUUUGGUAAUCGGCGAAAGUCCACACCUGGAAUGACUGGAUCAACUUAUUUCCAAACCGGCGCCAUGUGUCAUAUUUAUCCUGUAGUAACCAGUCUAGGCCAGUAUUGUUGGAAACGUACCAGUUUGAGUAAAUCACCUAGCACUGAACUAGCACCUGGGGUCUUCCUCCACAGUCAAAGCUGGAAACUCGCCAUAUGACCUAUAUUUGUGUCGGUGUGACGUUAAACCCAACAAACAAAAUAAAUCAGUACCUAAAGUUUGUAUUGUUAAAUGCUUUUAAAUGUCUUAAUUAUUAGCUCUUAAGAUGCAAGAUAGGCAAGAUUAAUAAAAUUCAUAGUAUUAUUCAAAGAUUUAGAGAUAAACUACGUAAUUCUUAGACAGAAUUUGCAUUUUUCUGAUUCUUUUAUGUUGAUAAUGACAGACUUGACGUAAAUGAAUAAUCGUUAGACAUGUAUUAGCAUAAUUCUGUAUUGUUCGUUGAACAAUCUCUCUCCUACUGCUUAAGGAAAUUAAAGGGAUUGUUUUGUAGAUUUUCUCCACUUACCAGACAUUUCUCACGGUGAUCGGGAAUAAAGCAUUGCCCUCUCCGUGUGUGCAAAUGUUCAUGUGUAUGUAUUCAGAAAAUCGAGUAAAGCCCAAAACGCAGUAGUGAGUGAUUGGAUAGUGUAAUAACUUGGUACAAAUUAUUAAAUUUAUUAUUAUUAUGUAUUCUAACACGAUCCGAUUCAUUUUCCUAUUAAACAAAGAAGGCAGAAAACAGUGAAUUAUUAUACAACAAAUCACUGUUCUGACGUCACAAUUAUUACGUCAUGGCGCCAAACGGCAUAGCUGCGCGCUGGAAAAGAAACCGAUUGAAAACGGGCAAAUUUUUAAUGGAUUUCGUCAAGGAUGUACUUAAAAGUCCUUGGUAACGUGUUAGAAUCUAAAUAAUAUAUCUCCUUUAGUGAUUUGCUCUUGAUUAAAUCAUUGUUUGUCGUUCAGAUGCGUAUUAUUAUAUCACUCGGGCUAAGCCCUCGUGAUAUAGCUCUAAUUCCUUCGCAUCUGAACUCCAAACAAUAAUUUAUUCAACGACAAAUCACUGGAUGAGAUAUAAUAUUCCUUAAUUAACUAUUUGUUAUAUAUUAUUGUAUAUAAUUUAUUUUAGUAUCAAGUUAUUAACUGUUAAUGCAUGGAUGAAUAUUCACGUUUCCUUGCCCAAACAUUUAAUUUCAUAUGACGAUAUGCCCUGUGCAAACCUUCUGCUCAAAGGUCAAGGUCACAUGUACAUGUCAAAGAUUAUAGUCCAGUUUAUACCUUGAUUAUGCAUUCGUUGAUAUUCAAAUGAAUUGACACAUUCACUAUGACAAGAGAGUGUGUCUACAUUUGAUUAAAAUACUCUACAUGCGCAGCUGUAGGGGAUAAAUAUUUACAUCUUAAAUUUUCUCUCUACAUGAUUGUAAAACAAAACAAAUAAAACAAAGUAUUGCCUUC